GGCACUGAACUUGCAACUCACGCCCAGAGUGAUUGAAGAAGAGGAAAAGGAGCGCUUUUUCCCACCACUCCCAGGCCCAGCCUUGGAAGAUGCGGCUCCUCGGGAAACUCCGCGCCUCGGCCGCGGGCAGCGCUGCGCCGGAGCUCGCCUUCCCUAACGUGCUCACCCCGGGCCGCAUCCCCGAGUUCUGCAUCCCGCCGCGGCUGCCUGCGCCCUGCGCGCCCGAGUCUCCGCCCCCAGACGGCUCUCUGCCCCGGCGGUGCGCGGCCGACCAGGACCUGUGGCCCCGAGAAGCCGACGAGGGCGCCGGGCGCACGGACUGGGACCCGCGCUCGCAGGCCGCGCUCUCGCUGCCGCACUUGCCCCGCGCGCGCACCGCCUACGGCUUCUGCGCGCUGCUCGAGAGCCCGCACACGCGCCGCAAGGAGUCGCUCUUCCUUGGGGGUCCCCGUGCUGCCGCGAUUCGCCCCCGGGCCCACACCUUCGGCGGCGGCGGCCGAGGAGACGCCCCCCUUGUGCCCCGGGGCGGAGCCCCCACCACCACCCCCACGGCCCCCGGUGGUCCCCGCCCGCCCCGAGACGCGCUCGCCCCGAGGCCCCGCGGCUUCCGCCUCCUGCGCGCCCCUGAAGGGCUGCUGAGACGCGCUCUGCGGGCCCGCAGGAGUCGCCGCCUGGCGCGCGCCCUGUCUGUGUCCAGCGGGGACGAGGACGAGGAGCGCAGCGCCGGCUCGAGGUCCCCCGCCCGGGCCCCCUCCGCCUCUCCGCCGCCGCCCGCCGGCCCGCGGCCCGAGCGCCUGGAGGCGGAGGGCACCGUGGCUCUGGACCGCGUCGGCGGCGCCCUGCGCCUGGCCGCCCAGUACAGCCCGGCCAGCGGGCGCCUCCGCGUCCGGCUGCUCCGCGCCGAGGGCCUGGCCGGAGGAGCCGCCGAGCCCCGCGCCGUCGGCUGCCGCGUCAGCUUCGUCCUGCAGCCGCCGGGCAAGACGCGCCAGCAGCGCAGCGCCGUGGUCCGGCGGAGCCGCAAGGCCGCCUUCGACCAGGACUUCUGCCUCGACGGGCUCUCGGAGGACGAGCUGCGCCGCCUGGCCGUGCGCGUCAAGGCCGAGAACAAGGGCCGCGGCCUGGAGCGGGGCCGCCUGCUGGGCCAGGGCGAGCUGCCGCUGGGCCCCCUGCUGCUGCUCUGAGGGCGCGCAGCCCCAGGCCCUCCCGUCGGGGCGCCUUCUGCCCGCUGGGGACUCUAGGACACGGACAGCCGCUUUGUACAAAAUAAAUACUAUUUAUUCAU